UUCCUUCGUUCCCUUAAAGCCCAUCACAUUCACAUACUCAACUCUCUCUUUCUCUCUCUACUCUCACCCCAAUUUCUGUGGCGGCUCUCUCUCUACUUCUUCUCUUCUGAGAUUGAGAUUUGGAUCCAUCUUCUUCUCCUUCUUCUUCUUUGAUUCGAUCUCCUUCUUCUUCUCACGAUCUCUGUUGGGUUGGGUUGAGUUGAGCUCUUCAACUUCAACUUCAACAACAGCCAUGGUAGCCCAACAACCUCAACCUCAGCCUCAACCCUCUUCCCAAGAUGAGGCCUUGAAGAGGAACACCGAUUGUGUCUACUUUCUUGCUUCUCCCUUGACAUGCAAAAAGGGAAAUGAAUGUGAGUACCGACACAGCGAGUACGCACGUGUUAAUCCUAGGGAUUGUUGGUAUUGGUUGAAUGGCAAUUGCUUGAAUCCCAAAUGUUCAUUUCGUCAUCCGCCUCUUGAUGGGUUAUUAGGAACACAGACAGCAACGGCUGGUGGACCAUCUGUACCCCCACCACAGAUUCCAACUACGACUGCAACGCAUGCUCCGUAUAAUUCUGGUAAACCUGUUCCCUGCAUUUUCUUCCAAAAGGGGCUUUGCUUAAAAGGUGACAGGUGUGCCUUCUUGCAUGGACCGAAUCCUAACACUGGUAAUAAAGCAGCUGCUCAGGUCCCAAUGACUAGCCAAGGAGCUGAGAAUCCUAGUUUUAAGAGGCCUUUUGGUGUAAUUGAAAAAUAUGCUCAGGAAAGGAAAAGUUCCCAGGGAAAUUUUGCAAGGUCAGUUGGGGGCCAUGAUGUUAAACCUGCCCAACAAGUUGAAACUGCUCCACAAAGAAAUAUGCUUGAAUUGGAGAAGCAAGGGCCACCACCAUCAGCAGGAUUUGAUAAUGAGGCUUCCAGAUUCAAGAUAGCUAGUACUCCACCUCUGACCAAUGGGCCUUCUGCUGUGGCCCAGUCAAACCGUCUGCAUCAAGCUCGUGUGCCAGAUGAUCAUAGUUUCCACAGUGGUAAGGACGGUGAUGAGUUUCUCCGAGAAUCCUCUCCUGGGUUUGAUGUUCUUGUAGCUGAUGAACUUAGAAAUUCUGAUUACUACCAUGAGGAUGAAUUUGGUAAAGCAAGAGCUCAAGAUGAAAGGACCUUAGACUCUUUGGAUGAAUAUGAUUUAGGACAUUCUGCUAAUUAUAGUUUAGCGGCUGAUAUUGAUCAAGAAAGGUUUCGUGUGCCCCAAGGUUAUGAGUCAUAUGAUCACAUGCAGGAGCCAUAUGUUUGGGAGCAGCAGCAGCAUAGAAAGGCUUCAGCCCAUUUAGAAAGAAGGACUCACCAUAGAUCUGGCAGUCCUGAAAAUGCUGAGGUCUCGGAUCUUCGACAUCAUUUAUCCAAGCGCAGGAAGGUCAAUGGUUUGAAAUCUGUUGUCACUCAUGAUUAUGACCCUGAGAGCCACAGUGAGGAACAAGGUCACCGGUUCUUCUCUCGAAAGGAUUCGCACCAGUUACCUUUGAAUGAGAGCUCCCUCAGUAAUCGCUUCCGAGGCAGGAUAAAACUUCCAGCAAAUGGUGGUAGUGAUCACACAGACAGGGAAGACAGGGGAAGAAUCCGGAGCAGAUUGUCAUCUGGAAGGUCGCAGGCCCCUCCCCAGGGAAGGGUCCAAGACAGAAUAAAAGGAAGGUUGCAAGAUGAUGAGAGGAAAAGCUUCAGGGACCGAUCAAUGGGGAGAGAAUUGAUGGGUGAUAGAAGUGAUUUUGCUGGGCCAAAAAGUCUUGCUGAACUUAAAAAUGGGAGGAACACCGAGAAUAAGGAGCAACAUUUGCUGGGAAAGAGAAAAAGUUUGAGGGAUUACCCCCAAUCUGAAGAUGAUCUUCAGUUUGAAGGUCCAAAACCUCUAAGUGAAAUUCUGAAGGAGAAGAGAGGAGUUGGAGCUGGUGCGGCCUCUCAGAAUGGCAAAUCAUCUUACAAUAAGAAUGAAGAAGCUACUGAAAACAAAGAUCAUACACUUGUCUCAAACCCACAAAAUGGAGGGUUGUCUGAGACUAGGGGAGAGAUCAAGAGCCAUCUGCUAGUUAAUGAAAAAGAACCCAAGUUUCAGGCAACUGAUGCAGUUGGAAGAGACAUUGAUAAUGCUGAUGCAACUCAUGGCCAAUCAUCUGAGGAUGGAAUGAUCUAUGAUGAAGCGGCGGAGGAUCAGGAGUAUGAAGGUGAUGAUCAGAGAGAUGGGGACUAUGAUUAUGAGCAAGGUGAUGAAGGAGACUAUGACUAUGAACAAGUUGAGGAGGGUGAAAAUCAAGAGCAAGAGUACAUGGAUGAUGAAGAUGGGGAUGACUUUGCUAAGAAGAUUGGUGUCAUUCUUACAUAAUUAUGGAAAAGCUAAGAAUACACGGAUGAUAUGAAUGUGAUCUGGUGGACCUCUCAAACUUGUCUAGUUCUCUCUGACUGAGCAGCAUUUCUGCUUAAAAUUUGCUUGUAGAACUUGGGAUAUCAUUAUCAAUUUAUUUUCUUGUAUUAAUUAAUCCUUUUUAUUUUUACUGUGUUUUUCCUCUGAUUGAAUGGAUAUUUUUAUGUAAGCAAUGGGGCAUUUUGCUGUGCUCUCAUGCAGAGUGCAAGCCUGUAACGUUAGAAAGUUAAUAAUAAUAUUCGCAUUUACUC